AUGUCCAAAGGACAUUCUCCCUCCCCCAUAGAAUCGUCUCCCUCGCCCGACCGUCAUGUUUCGGUGCCGUCCGUCUAUCGCGCCAAUGCCGACGUACUCAAUCGCGCCCUGCAGACCAUCGGAAUGGGUCGCUAUCAAUGGCAGCUCUUCGCCGUGAUCGGUUUUGGCUGGGCAAGCGACAAUCUCUGGCCCAUCGUCACCUCGUUGAUUCUCGUGCCCGUUUCCUAUGAAUUCAACGUCGCGCAGCCUCCACUACUGACGCUGGCCCAGAAUAUCGGGUUGCUGGCCGGAGCGUUAAUCUGGGGAUUUAGCUGCGAUAUCAUCGGUCGCAGAUGGGCGUUCAACCUGACCAUUGCCAUCACCGCCAUCUUCGGCAUGGCCGCUGCCGGGUCGCCUACCUUUGCUGCGGUCGGCGUUUUUGCAGCGCUGUGGUCGGUGGGCGUUGGUGGUAAUUUGCCUGUGGAUUCAGCCAUUUUUCUCGAGUUUCUCCCCGGAUCGCAUCAGUACUUGCUGACUAUCCUGUCGGUGUAUUGGGCCUUGGCGCAGUUACUGGCCAAUUUGAUCGCCUGGCCGCUGUUGGGUAAUAUGACCUGCCCUUCGGCGGACAAUUGCUCCAAGGAGAACAACAUGGGUUGGCGCUAUUUUCUCAUCACCAUGGGCGGACUGGCUGUCGUCAUGUGUGUCGUGCGUUGCAUCUUCUUCACGCUGUACGAGUCGCCGAAAUUCCUCAUGGGCAAAGGUCGUAACCAAGAUGCCGUGAUGGUCGUCCACGAGGUUGCGCGUCGCAACGGCAAAGCAUCCACUCUCUCCGUCGAGGAACUCGAUCCGCUGUCGGCGACCCCUAUCGAUGCGGAAGAUGCGCCACGUCGUCCCCGUGACGCGCUGAGCACGUCCGACCAUAUGCGCAUGAUGCUCGAACCGCUCUCGCUUCCUCAUGUGAAGGCCUUAUUCAACAGCCCGCGACGUGCCUGGUCCACCUCGCUGAUGAUCAUGAUCUGGACGUUGGUCGGUCUCGGAUUUCCCUUGUACAACGCGUUUCUGCCAUUUUUGCAACAAUCGCGUGGCGUGGAGUUUGGCGACGGCUCCACAUACAUCACUUACCGUAACACGCUUAUCGUGGCGGCCGUUAGCGUCCCCGGCAGUUUGGUCGGUGGCGCGCUGGUUGAACUGCCGCGCUUCGGUCGCAGAGGCACCCUGGCGCUGGCUGUCAUCUCAACGGGUGUAUUUUUGCUGGCCUCCACAACCGCCGACUCAUCUGCGGCCUUGCUGGGAUGGAACUGCGCGUUUGGAUUCUCGAGUAGCUUGAUGUACGCCGUGCUGUACGCCUACACGCCAGAGAUGUUCGAGACAAAGGAUCGGGGCACGGGCAACGCGCUGGUGGGUGCGGCCAAUCGCGUGGGGGGUAUCCUGGCGCCGAUUAUUGCCAUCGCAGCGGGCGUGCAAAGCUCUGCGCCGGUAUAUGUGAGCGGUGCAUUGUUCUUGGGGGCGGGAAUAUUGGCGCUGUCGGUGCCGUACGAGACGAGAGGAAGGGCGAGUAUCUAA